ACAGUAGAAGGAAGUGGCCCGGUAGAUACACGCCCACACUCGGCAAGCUGCCCCGUCGUACUUCUCCCCUGGUGUCUGUAUCUGGGCUUCAAAUGUUUAGCUUUCCUUUUGAAUGAAGAAAAAAGGAACAUUCAGCAAGGAAGGCAAGUAAGAGAUGAAAAGUAAACUAUGAGUAUUAAAGAGGCACGACUGAGUAGAAAUGAGAAAAGAAGGGAAGAAAAGGAGGAAAAGGAAAGAAGACAAGAAACGAGUGGUGGUUUCCAACCUGCCUUUUGAAGGAUGGUCCCCCAAAGAGAACCCCAAUCUACAAUAUCGUGGGAAUCAAAUUAAGACCAGCAAGUAUACCAUACUGUCCUUCAUACCCAAGAACAUCUUCGAGCAGCUCCACCGGUUUGCCAAUUUCUAUUUUGUGGGCAUUGUGGUUCUGAACUUUAUCCCAGUGGUCAGCGCCUUCCAGCCCGGAGUGAGUAUGAUCCCAGUCUGUAUGAUCCUAGCAGUCACCGCCAUCAAGGACGCUUGGGAAGACCUCCGGAGGUACAAAGCCGAUAAGGUCAUCAAUAACCGCGAGUGUUUCAUUUACAGCAGGAGAGAGCAGAGCUUCGUGCCGAAGCGCUGGAAGGAGGUGCGCGUGGGCGACUUCGUCCAAAUGCAGUGCAAUGAGGUCAUCCCGGCAGACAUCCUGCUCCUCUUCUCCUCGGACCCCAGUGGGAUCUGCCACCUGGAAACCGCCAACCUGGAUGGAGAGACGAAUCUCAAGCAGAGAUGUGUGGUGAAGGGCUUCUCACAGCAGGAGGGACAGUUCCAACCAGAACACUUCCACAACACUAUUGUGUGUGAGAAACCCAACAACCACCUCAACAAAUUUAAGGGUUACAUGGAGCAUCCUGACCAGACCAGGACUGGCUUUGGCAGUGAGAGCCUUCUGCUUCGAGGCUGCACCAUCAGAAACACCGAGGUAGCUGUUGGCAUUGUCAUCUACACAGGCCAUGAGACAAAAGCCAUGCUGAACAACAGCGGCCCCCGGUACAAGCGCAGCAAGAUUGAGCGCCGAAUGAACACGGACGUCUUCUUCUGCAUUGGGAUCCUCUUCCUCAUGUGCCUCUGUGGAGCCAUAGGUCACAGCCUCUGGAACAGGACCUUUGAAGAACACCCUCCCUUUGAUGUGCCCGAUGCCGAUGGCAACUUCCUUCCCCCGGCCCUAGGGGGCUUCUACAUGUUCCUCACCAUGAUCAUCCUGCUCCAGGUGUUGAUCCCGAUCUCUUUGUAUGUGUCUAUUGAGCUGGUGAAGCUUGGGCAAGUUUUCUUUCUGCACAAUGACCUUGACCUGUAUGAUGAAGAGUCUGAUCUGCCUAUUCAGUGUCGAGCCCUCAACAUCACAGAGGAUCUGGGCCAGAUCCAGUACAUCUUCUCUGACAAGACAGGAACCCUAACAGAGAACAAGAUGGUCUUCCGGCGUUGCACCAUCAUGGGCAGCGAGUAUUGUCACCAAGAAAAUGCCAAGCGCCUGGAGACCCUAAAAGAGGUGGACUCAGACAGCGAAGAGUGGGCCCAGUACCAGUGCCUGUCAUUCCCAGCGAGACGCACCCAGAGGCCCUCAACCAUGAGAAGCCAAGGAGGUGCCCAGCCUCUGAGGAGGAGUCAGAGUGCCCGGGUGCCCAUCCAGGGCCACUCCCGGCAGAGGUCUGUAGGGUACUGUGACAGUGUACAGCCGCCUGUGGCCUUCAGCAGCUCCAUAGAGAAAGACGUGACUCCAGAUAAAAACCUACUGACCAAGGUGCGCGACGCUGCCCUGUGGCUGGAGACCUUGACAGAGGCCAAACCUGCCAAGCCUUCCCACUCCACCACCUCCUCCAUUGCCGAUUUUUUCCUUGCUCUAGCAAUCUGCAACUCUGUGAUGGUGUCCACAACUACUGAGCCAAGACAGAGGGUCACCAUCCCACCCCCUAACAAGGCUCUGGGGACAUCCCUGGAGAAGAUUCAGCAGCUCUUCCAGAGGCUAAAGCUAAUGAGCCUCAGCCAGUCCUUCUCAUCCACUGCGCCAUCUGACACAGACCUGGGGGACAGUCUGGGGGCCAAUGGGCCCAUCACAGACUCGGAUGAGAAAGACGACGCAUCUGUGUGCAGUGGUGACUACUCCACCGACGGUGGUUAUAGGAGCAGCACAUGGGACCAGAACGACAUCCUGGGGUCUGGGUCAGGUGCUUCCUCGGAUGGAGUAAUGGAGGCCCCAGACUUAGGCCUGGCCAAGCCUGAGCUCUGCUACGAGGCUGAGAGUCCCGACGAGGCAGCCCUGGUGCACGCUGCCCAUGCCUACAGCUUCACACUGGUGUCCCGCACACCAGAGCAGGUUACCGUGCGCCUGCCCCAGGGCAUCUGCCUCACCUUUGAUGUCCUCUUCACCCUGGGCUUUGACUCAGUCAGAAAGAGAAUGUCUGUGGUAGUGAGGCACCCACUGACCCGUGAGAUUGUCAUCUACACCAAGGGGGCCGACUCGACCAUCAUGGACCUGCUGGAAGACCCAGCCUGUGUCACUGACACUGACCUGGGAAAGAAGAUGAAGAAAAUUCAAGCCCGAACCCAGAAACAUCUAGACUUGUAUGCGAGAGACGGCCUGCGUACCCUGUGCAUCGCCAAGAAGGUGAGGGACACUUCCUCUCAGCAGGCUGUCAUAAGUGAAGAGGACUUUCAGAGAUGGGCCAGUUUCCGGCGCCAGGCUGAGGCAUCCCUUGACAACCGAGAUGAGCUUCUAAUGGAGACAGCACAGCAUCUGGAGAACCAACUCACCUUACUCGGAGCCACUGGGAUCGAAGAUCGGCUACAGGAGGGUGUUCCAGACACCAUUGCUGCUCUACGCGAGGCUGGGAUCCAGCUCUGGGUCUUGACAGGAGAUAAGCAGGAGACGGCAGUCAAUAUCGCCUAUUCCUGCAGACUCCUGAGUCAAACGGACACCGUUUAUGCCAUUAAUACAGAGAGUCAGGAAACCUGUGAAUCCAUCCUCAACUGUGCAUUGGAAGAAGUAAAGCAAUUCCACCAGCUCCAGAAGCCAGACCACAAACUUUUUGGAUUCCGCCUGCCUUCCAAAGCACCACCUACCGCCUCAGGAGCUGCGGUCCCAGAUGCUGGAUUGGUCAUAGAUGGGAAGACGUUGAAUGUCAUUUUCCAGGGCCAGCUGGAGAAGAAGUUCCUGGAGCUGACACAGCACUGCCGGUCUGUCCUGUGUUGCCGCUCUACACCACUCCAGAAGAGUAUGGUCGUCAAGCUGGUGCGAGACAAGCUGGGCAUGAUGACCCUCUCCAUAGGUGAUGGAGCAAAUGACGUAAGCAUGAUUCAAGCUGCCGAUAUUGGAAUUGGGAUCUCUGGACAGGAAGGCAUGCAGGCCGUCAUGUCCAGCGACUUUGCCAUCUCCCGCUUCAAACACCUCAAGAAGCUGCUGCUCGUGCAUGGCCACUGGUGUUACUCGCGCCUGGCCAGGAUGGUGGUGUACUUCUUCUACAAGAAUGUGUGCUACGUCAACCUGCUCUUCUGGUACCAGUUCUUCUGCGGCUUCUCCGGCUCCACCAUGAUCGACUACUGGCAAAUGAUAUUCUUCAAUCUCUUCUUCACCUCUUUGCCUCCAAUCAUCUUCGGAAUCCUCGAUAAAGACGUCUCCGCAGAAACACUCCUGGCAUUGCCCGAGCUGUACAAGAAUGGCCAGAACUCGGAGUGUUACAACCUAUCGGCUUUCUGGAUUUCCAUGAUGGACGCAUCCUACCAGAGCCUCAUCUGCUUCUUUAUCCCUUACCUGACCUACAAAGGCUCUGAUAUUGAUGUCUUCACAUUUGGAGCUCCAAUCAACACCGCCUCCCUCACCACAAUCCUCUUGCACCAGGCAAUGGAAAUGAAGACGUGGACUACCAUUCAUGGGCUGGUCCUCUUGGGCAGCUUCCUGAUGUAUUUUGUGGUGUCCCUGCUGUACAACGCCAUCUGUGUCACCUGCAACAGUCCCACCAACCCCUACUGGGUGAUGGAAAACCAGCUCUCAGACCCCACCUUCUACCUCGUGUGCCUUCUCACCCCAGUCGUGGCUCUUCUCCCAAGGUACUUUUUCCUGUCUGUCCAAGGGACUUAUGGAAAGUCUCUGAUCUCAAAAGCUGAGAAAAUUGACAAACUGCCUGUGGAUAAAAGAAACCUGGAAAUCCAGAGCUGGAGAAGCAAGCAGAGGCCUGGCCCUGCUGCGGAAGUAUCUCAGCCUGCCUCCCACCCAGCACCUCCUAUCCCACCGCAGGACUUCAGAACCAGCACCCCAAAGAGCUCCAGCCCCCCAAAGUGGAGACAUACAGAAGACUGGAUGCUCCGCAAACAGAGAGGCAGCAGAGAGUGCAAGAGGGAGGACCUGUGCUUGGGGGGGCCCUCAGCUAGACCGUCAUCGGGACAGCACCUCCUGGAGCCCAGUAGGACACUGGUUCCUGGAGCCCACUCAAGGGGUCAGAAUGACGUGCGAAAGCCCUUGAGCAGAAGCAGCCAUCGCCGGUCCCAGAGUUCACUGACCAUAUGAGGGCUCUGCAGCAAUCUGCACACUUAGAAAAGGCCACUCAAUCAUGGACCCACACAACCCGGGAUCCUCCCUCUCCACAGAGCAAAGAGCUUGCUAGUCUUGCUCUUCCCUCUUCAUCAGAUUUCAUUUCCUAAAAGGAAGUACUGGCUCCAAAGGAAUUUGACACAGACAGACAGACAGACAGACAGACAGACAGACAAAAGAAAGACUGAAAAUCCAGUUGACCUCUGGUUCGUCUUUUGAUACCAGGCAGCACAUCUGGCAAACAGAAUUUUUAUAAUGAGACUUUGUUUCUGUUGAAUUUUUAAAUGUUUUAGCCAAGCUCAUUCUCCUCACUUUCUAGAUAGCUAUUGCCAGCAACACAAUGGGACUAGUGAUAAGAUUCCAGGAAACGUGUCAACCCAGGCAAUAUCUAAGGAAGCUGCUGGGCUUGUCACACCAUCACUUCAGCCUUUGGGGCCAGGAGCUCAAGUUUCAGAAACCUGCACAAGAAGGCUUCAUCUCAGGAGAACUGCAGUGAUGGAUAAGCUGGGGUCAACAUCCCUCCCAGCACAGAGAGUUGGGUCUGCUUUUCAUCCUGAGCCAAAGAAAACUCACAUCUACAUAUGAAAACUAGAUUUGAAUUCAGUGCCGUGGACAGUUGGGAGGGCUGUAGUCAUAGCUAGUGUAAGAGGCUGGAAGAAUACACAAGCUCAAGGAAGCAUGUACACCUGAGACCCCUGUUGUACCAUAGGUCUCACCAUACAAGGAAUCAUCCAAGGGAUUAUAAGAACUCUUUAAAGUGAUUAUUUAUUUUAAAAUAAAAAUUUUCCCAUCAUAAUUCAGUUCAAAAACAGGAAAACUCAAAGUUCUGGAGAUAUUAGCACAGACAGAUGCAGAAUAGACCCCUAUAAGAGUGACUCAGCCCAAGCAGUGACCGCCUAAGGGGUUGGGCUACUGUCAGCCCCACACUCAUUUAGCUCAUCCCAAGUUAUAGUACUGCCACCUGGAUCACACUGUCCAUGCUUCAGUUAAAUUAAGGAGAGUGCUGGAAAGUCUGAUGCCAUAAGGAAAAAACCACUUCAUAUCCCUACCUUACCAAAACUGUGCAAGAGCUCAAAACAGUUUUAGACUAAAGGAUGACAGUAUAUAAAAUUCUAAAGGAGGUCUGUGGUGGGCAGUAAUAACCUACUCUUAGUCUUUUUUGAGUCUCAGGAAGUUCCUGAACCCUCCACUCCUUACAUCAGUGCCUCUAGAUUGGGCAGAAAGUGUGACAAAUAUUUGAGUAAAGAUACCUCAGCAAAGAUGCCCCAACUGAGCUCAACAAUCAAGGUGGCCAGUAACAAGCUGAGCUUUGCCAUCUUACCACUCCCUGGAAAAGCCAGACGUAGGGAGUCACUUGGAACAUCAUGCUAAAGGCCAUAUGCAGCAUCUCCUGUGCUGCCUCUGCCAUAUGAGGCCAGCACCAGGCAGCAGUGGGUACUCUGCAUCCACUUUGUAGAUAGAUGCAGAGGGGAUAGAAACAGACCAGGAAAAACAAUGACAUUUUUAUACGUGUGUGAUCUUUUACUGACUGGACAUAUUUUUAGAAGAAAAAAUAAACAUGGUUUCCACAAUUACCUGCCAACCUGAAGUUAUUAUUACUCUUUCUUUAUAUCAUUAUAAUUAGUGUUGAGUACUCUUUCCUUCAUUUACUCAUCUUAAUUUUUUCCAAAUGAGAAAAUCAGUCAGAACUUGGCCCCAGGGUGCUUUCUUUCCCUAUGUAAUUCUUACUACUUAUAGAAGGAACCAGGUAGGAGGUCUAGAGCAGAAAAGGAGAUAUGAACUUGAGUCUUUGCUCUUCCCCUGUAGUCUUUGGGAUCCAAGAGCCCUGAAGCUAAUGCUUCACACUUGCAAAUUAAGUUAGAAUUGUUCUACCUCCAGGUUUGGCAUAUGGAUCAAAUUCAUAUUACAUGAAACCCACUGGGGAAACUCUGAAUAGAGUAACACUCUCUGUAAUAACAUUCAGUAUUUUUGCUUUGGAGCUGAGGGAAAAAGAGAUGCUAGGGAACUUUAAAAAUGUCUGUGGGCUCUACCUAAAAUGCCAAGCUGUGUCCAGUGUGCUGAUGCCACUCGUUUUCUUGCAUAACCAGCCAUCCCAGUUUGCCAAGGACCUUUCCAUUUUUACAAAGCUCUACAUUCUGAGAAGUUGGGCCAACUGGUCACUGACUCUUGCUACUGUUUGUAAACCAAACCAAAUGUGACCAUCCACUGUGCCAUCUUAUCCAGAGGGAAAAGUUGAAACAACUAUUCCUCUAUCACAUAAUGCUAAUGAUUGUACUUGGGACAUUUUUAUAUGUGUGUGAUCUUUUACUGACUGGACAUAUUUUUAGAAGAAAAAAAAUAAACAUGUUUUCCACAA